AUUCCGUUUUUUUUUUUUUAAAUAAAAAUAAAAAUAACAAAUAAAAAAUUGUGAGUAACUAACUGCCGUACGUCACUAACUGCCUAGCUGGUCCAGCUCCCCUUCCCCUUUCUCCUUGGCUGCACAGAAUCACCGGAGAUUGUUUCUUCUUUCUAUCCUCGCCGUUCUUUCUCUAUCUAUAUAGAUAUACAUAUAUAGAUAUAGAAGUCGCGCAUAUACACAUAUCAACAGGACACCGUUAUUUCUCUCAUCGAUAAACUAACAAUGGCUUUCCAAAAGAUCAAGGUCGCUAACCCCAUAGUUGAGAUGGACGGGGAUGAAAUGACCCGAAUUAUUUGGAAAUCAAUCAAGGACAAGCUUAUAUUGCCAUUUCUGGAGUUGGAUAUAAAGUACUUCGAUCUUGGCCUUCCUCACCGUGAUGCCACGGAUGAUAAGGUUACUGUUGAAAGUGCUGAAGCUACUCUGAAGUAUAAUGUGGCAAUUAAGUGUGCAACCAUCACUCCAGAUGAAACUCGUGUGAAGGAGUUUAACUUGAAGCAUAUGUGGAAGAGUCCAAAUGGGACAAUUAGGAACAUACUGAAUGGCACUGUUUUCAGAGAGCCAAUUCUCUGCAAAAACAUCCCCCGACUUGUCCCAGGUUGGAAUAAACCAAUAUGCAUUGGAAGACAUGCUUUUGGUGAUCAAUACAGAGCUACCGAUACAGUUAUUCAAGGAGCUGGAAAACUCAAACUGGUGUUUGUACCAGAAGGAAAGGAUGAAAAGACUGAGUUAGAGGUUUUCAAUUUCACUGGCGCUGGUGGAGUUGCCCUUGCGAUGUACAAUACUGAUGAGUCUAUUCGUGCUUUUGCUGAAGCUUCGAUGACAAUGGCAUACCAGAAGAAAUGGCCUCUCUAUCUAAGCACUAAAAAUACAAUCCUUAAGAAAUAUGAUGGAAGGUUCAAGGACAUAUUUCAAGAAGUUUAUGAAGCACAAUGGAAAUCACGGUUUGAGGAAGCUGGAAUAUGGUAUGAACACCGUCUCAUCGAUGAUAUGGUUGCUUAUGCAUUAAAGAGCGAUGGUGGUUAUAUAUGGGCAUGCAAGAACUAUGAUGGAGAUGUGCAGAGUGACUUCCUAGCACAAGGUUUUGGAUCUCUAGGUUUGAUGACAUCAGUCCUGAUUUGCCCGGAUGGGAGGACUAUUGAGGCGGAAGCUGCCCAUGGAACUGUUACACGCCACUACAGGGUUCAUCAGAAAGGCGGUGAAACCAGCACAAACAGCAUUGCCUCAAUCUUUGCCUGGACUCGAGGAUUAGCACACAGAGCAAAGUUGGACAGUAAUGAUAGACUCUUGGAUUUCACUGUGAAGCUUGAAGCAGCAUGCAUCGGUGCUGUGGAGUCUGGAAAGAUGACCAAGGAUCUCGCUCUAAUCAUUCACGGAUCCAAGCUUUCAAGAGAUCAGUAUCUAAAUACUGAAGAAUUCAUUGAUGCCGUGGCAAAUGAGCUGAAGGCCAGACUCUCUUGAAAGCACAGCCAUAGAAGUAUGUCAGGCAUGUACCUGUGGAAAAAUGGAUUGCAAUAUAUGCUGGUAAAAUGAUGUUUAGUCAGGAGGAAAAGGCUGAGGAUUAUGUUAGAUGCAACUGAGAUACUGAUAUAGCACAUUUGAGGGGCUGGCUGUUGAACUAAGCCAUACUCCAUUCUUUCUGCUGCAUUCUUUAUGAAUUUGAUUUUCAUGCUUUAAGAGAAACAAUAUCUAAAUAACCUUUUGUCAAUCAUUUGACACACUAAUAUUUGUAAACACACUCACUAUAUUGGCUAUAAGAUAUUGCCUACGUUUUAUAAUUACAGAACAGAUUUUAGUUUUA